CGCAGGGUGGCAAACAUGUCCGACUCCGGACCCCAGGGCGGUGAGAGCUGCAUGAGCCUGUUCCGCGCCUACCUGCGCACAAGGAAAGGGAUCAUCCUCGCCGCUGAGACAGUGCUGUGCUUUGUGAUCGUGGUGUGUUAUGGAGCCUCCAAUGUCGCCGGGUACCUCGCAGUCGCUGUCAUUGAACUCGUCUUCUGCAUCAUAUAUUUUUUUGUCUUUGCGGGCAAAUAUGAUACACAGCUGACUUUCAUUCACUGGGGAUGGAGCGAUUUCCUGCGUUGUGCCAUCGCAUGCCUUCUUUUCCUCAUCACGUCGCUUAUCACGUUGCUCAGUCGUAGCGAUGGGGCUGGCAUAGCAGGAGCGGUUUUUGGACUUUUAGCUGGAAUCCUAUUUGGUUAUGAUGGAUACAUGACUAUACCACUGCUGAGAAAACCCCAUGCAGCAGUUCCAACAGAACACCUGGAAGGAGUCUAACCCCUGGUGCUAUGGACAGGAAACCUCCCUUACAUAAGAAACAUGCCUUAGCCCUCCAAUGCAGCCGCCGGUAAUGAAGCAGCAGGGCCUUUCCUCAGAGAUCAUUACAACGCACUUGUCUAGGCCAGCCUGCAAGCUGUUGUUGCACUACGACUUCCAGUUUCCCAUAACUCGGAGUUGCAGUACCACAUAGGCUGGAAUUUCCUGCUCUACACGCCUGCGUGUUAAAGCAGCGGUGAGCAUGUAUGUGUGUGUAUAUAUAUAUAUAAGUACAGAUUAGGGAGCACUCCAUCAGCCAUUUAUCAAUACCCGGGUGCCAGAGCUAAAAAAUAAAAUAGAAGUUAUAAAGUGACAGCACUCGCAGGGUUUUACACAAUAUAGCAAAAAAAUAACAAAAUGGUAAAUGAAAAAAGUGAGGUUUUAUUGAUCCUACGUUUCAGUUCCCUACUGGAACCUUCGUCAGGGAUCCCUGAGAGCUGUCACUUUGUAACUUAUAUAUAUAUAUAUAUAUAUAUUAUAUAUAUAUAUAUGACAGGGUGCAAGUGCUAAAUGAAAGCAUGGAUGAAAGGUUUUCGCGGCUUGAUAACUAUCACUAAACGACUUUGUCACCAUUAGCUAGAUGUUUACUUGAGCUUUUAUAUUUUAUAUUACUAUUCUCACAAACAAUAAAACUUGUGAAUUA